AUGGCGCACGUCACACCGCUAUCCAGCUCUGCGGCUGGGCCGCGGUGCGACUCAACGUGGUCAGCAGAAAUAAAUACCGGGGAGGCUGUGACGCCGCGAGAAGUGCCUACGGAGCCCGGCGUAGAGACUGCACCAACAGAUGCCGCAGCAGCGUUGAGUUCAAUAACGGGCGAGGCAGCUGACAGGCGGCACGGUGACGCGUAUGCGUCUCUGGAGGCCGACUCGACAGGGGGCGGCACCAAAUAUGGAAUCGAGUCAGUCACCAACAGUAGCGUCAGCAAGGAGCGCAUCAGAAAUAGUCCCGCGCCGCAGAGCGUGGGGCGACAGCAACACUACCUCACGUCGGAUGCGGUGCAGAUGCAUCACACCAGCUCCCCGAUGGAGCGCACGCUGUCGCCCGUGUCGUGGCGACACAACCCGUACGCCGUGUCGCCGAUGUCACCGACCAUUGAAUCGGCGACCAGCGGCAAUAACGACGGCCCUGGUGGCGUACACGAGGACAUCAUUGGCAGCGGCUUCACUGUGGCCGUCAAAACGACGGCGGCGGCGCGGAAUUCUCCCACAUCUGGACGAAUCUCCGGCCGCCCGUCCAUCACCGUCUCCACACGCAGCAACCACAGCCACAACUACAACAGCUGCAGCACACGCGGCGGUGCCGGUAGAGACAGCAGGAGUGGUUUGGUAGCAGCUUCCUAUGAUCACAGCCACUUUCGAAGUGACGGUGGAUUUGCCUGGGGUGUGGAGGGCGAAGAGGAGUGGCCCGAGCCGCGUCUGUCUGGUGCGUCCGUGUGCGACAACCCGUACGUGCAGCGCCAAUGUCCGCCGGCGUCAUCGAUCAACCGCAAUCGCGCAAACAGCGUUCUGUGCCCGCGGCGGAGCACUGGCUUCUGGCCGACGACGACAAACAGCACCGCCGCCGCCGCCGGCCCUGCGGCUCUCAGCCUGUCGACGUCGCUGUCGAGUGUGUCGCCCGUGUUGCAGUUUCAGCGCCCUCGUUCUACCAGCGCGCGGCAGCGCAGCGUGUCGGUUCAGUCGUCGCGCUCCUCACCGAUGACGCACCACAGUUUCAGCGGCCCGUACGAGCCGACGGGGGCAUUCUUCUCGCCCAACCCGAACCAUCUCGUCGGGCUGCCGCUGUCUCACCCGGUGGCGCACGCGCUGGACGAUAUAUCCGUGCGCCGGUCGUCGUGUAACUUUGACGUGGACAGUGUGUUGCCCUCGCACUACGGCGCCGAGGAGCAUCAGUCGCCGCGGUCGCUUGCUAGCGGUGCCGAUUUUCUCCGCCUUAAUACGCUUCAACAUGGGACAUUCAACGCUAGCUUUGCCUCACUCGCCUCGUGGAGCACCGCACGGGCGUCAAGCCACGCCGCCCAGCACAAGAGUGAGCUGCCAGACAUUGAUUACGAUGGCGAGUGGUGCAAACUCCACGGCGACGACGAGGAUGGCGAAAUUGAGGCGUACAACGUCACGCUGCGCCCCAACGACGUGAAGGCGCCGAUGAUGUCGGAUCAGGCGGAUGCGUCACUCCUGGAGAGAAUGCGGGGGGAUGAAGAGGAAGAGGACAAGGGAGACGGAGGUAAGCAGCAGCAGGGGUAUAUCAACAACGGCGAGAAGAUGAUAGAGCCUGUGGCGUCCGUGACCCCCAGAAGAUCCAAUACCGCGCAUAGGCAAGAGUCCCCUACACAUCCGCCGCCGCCGCCGCCGCAGCAGCAGCAGCAGCAGCCACAAGAAGAACAGAAUCAGAUCCAGGAGCAGUACCCCCAACAGCCUCCACCUGUGGACACUGUUGCUGUUAUUCAUUCGAGUGUACUGCAGUGGAUGAUGAUGAAUAGCACCGAGGAGGAAGUGUUAUGCCCUUUGGGUUUUCAUUUCUCCGUUUACGACGCUGAGGUUCAACAGCACUACACCAUUGAAAGCUCCAGCAUUGUGGCGACACGCGGUGCUGUGCGCUACUUGAUUCUGAGUGAGACAUACGGUGCCCAGUCGAGGUUCCGCUUUCAGUUAUGCAAGCGAUACUUGCAUAAACGCUGCACACGUGGGAAGAACUGUCAGUACAUUCACGCGCGCUCUGUGCCAACCGCCACGUGGGUGCACAUCAACGAGAACGUUAUCAGCACCGCGGUGAUGGAAGGACGUGAGGCGUCACCUGAGGAGCUGCAGGGUGGCAGGAACAGCCAUAACUACCCGACAAUGCCCCCUGGGGUUAUGUUUCGGGUGUACCCACCGAAUCAGGGCAAGAGUGUGCCGCAGCUUAUUCAGUCCGAGUUGAUUCUCCAGACAUUUGGCGCGUCAAACGUGUACAGUGUGCUCGCCAACAGCAACUACAGCAACAACAACAACAGCAGCAGCAGUGGGGCAGAUGCAGGGCCUUUAAGUGGGGCAGACGAAUCCAACACGGAGGCAGCCAACCUGAAUAAUUUUAAGGCUCGUCACUGUGCUCACUUUCAGUUCAAUAAAAUGUGUAACCUGGGCGCGUCCUGUAACUUCAUUCACUCGCUGGUGCCGUUUGUGCAGCGACUUUCUUCGCCCGGGCAGAACGCCGUGUUCCAUCCUGUGAUGGCACCAGCGACAACAGCGCAGCCCCAUUUCCAGCUUCCACCAAAUGCAGCGGUACAUUACGCCCCUGUCCAGAGCCCUGGCGGAUGUGCUUCAGCGUACGCGAUGGAGGUCUUGCAGCAACCGGCAGUUCAUCUACAACCAGCAGAGGCGGCGGUGGCGACAGCCCCCAUGGCGUACCAUCACGUGCCGGUGAUGCAGCUGCCUUUCUAUGUACCCGGCCCAGUGCCGCAGCCGUGGAAUGGCUACAAAGGCAGCACCAGCCACCCCUAUGGUGGACAUCGGAUGGAGGGCUAUGGCAGCGGCGGUGUCUACACGCCACAACGGCACGAUCACUUUGCGAAGAUGCCGCUGAAUUAA